AAACUUGGAGAAGCACCAAAUCCCCGCAACACCAAACCCACCCAAAUCCCACCGCCAUGGCCGACGGGGACGUUGUCCUCGCGGUCGCCGGCCCGGCCGGGGGCGGCGCCGUUCUCAUGCUCCGCGUCGACGGGGCCACCGGCGAGCUCAUCGCCGCUCGCCUCUUCGACCCCCUCGCAGAGCACGCCGGGCGCCACGGCGGAGACGCCGCCCUGCUCGCGGCGGACGCCGAGCACGUCCACCGUGCGCUCCUCUUCGACACGGGAGCCGGGGCGCCUCGCGGCUUCCUCAUCACCGACGAUCAACUCCGCGGCGCGCUCCUCUUCGACACGGGAGCCGGGUCGCCUCGCGGCUUCCUCAUCACCGACGAUCAACUCCGCGGCGCGCUCCUCGCCCGCGACGGCCUCCUCAUCGUCGGGAGUCUCGCGACACGAGGGGCCCACCAAGUCGGCUUCGCCCUCCUCCCUGCGACGAGCGGGCCCGGCGGACAUCACGGCCGCGGCCUCCUCCCCGCCUCGACCCUCUUCCUCGACGGGCUCGUCACGGAGCCAGGCGCCACCGCCGCCCUACUCCCAACUCCUGAAGCCGAGGACUGGGUGGUGGUGCGCGUCUUCGCCGCCGACAACGAUCGCAGCCAUGGCCCCCAAAUCGCCGCCACGGAGGACCAGGGCCUCGGGCGCCCCUUGCUCGCCGCCCUUCUGGUAUCAAUUGGUGCCCGCGGCGACCAGAACACUCCGGUUGUCGUCUUCGAGGUGGAGAAGCUCCGCUGCGGCCGCUCCACCGCCACUGACCGAGGCCGCCACGAUGAGCUCCUCGCCGACUCUGUGGUCGUACGGGUCUUCAUCACCGCCGAUGACGGCUCCCAUGGCCCCUUCAUCUCCGCUACAGGAGACCAGUGCUUUGGGCUCUCCCUGCUUGCCGCGUUUGCGGUCCCAAGCGGUGCCCGCGGCGACAGCAGUCCUGCGCAAGUCGUGUUCCAAGUGGAGGUACUCCGCCGCGGCCUCUACACCGCCGCCGCUGGAGACCACCGCUUCGAACACGUCUCGGGCCGUGGCCUCCUCACGUCCCCCCGCAAUGCACGCGGCCCCGGCGACGGCCUGGCAUCGUCGACGGCGACGCCAUCGACCUCCUUGCGGCGAGCUGUAGUCGCGCCGCCGCCUUCUUCGGUAGCACGGGGUGCUACCAGAAAAUUUGUUCUCAAGAUUAGGAAUUCAGUUGGAAAGAAAAGGUGGAUUAAGAAAGGAAGACUGGGGAAGAUCUGUAGCAAAAGAUUGGUGAAAUUUAGGAGUCUGCUCGGCGACUUCGUAUGGUUUGCUGUUCCUAGUGUUCUCUUGUUCUUCCCCAGAAAGGCUGAAGGAAAUGAACAAGCCAAAGGUUACCAGCAGCAACUCAAGCCUCAUCUAAGUUUGCUUGAAAUGCUGAACCCUGAAGAUCCUAGCAUUGAGAAGAGGGUAGUGAUGUCACUCUUUGUGAUAUUUCUAAGCAUAUGGAUUAUGGCAUACGUCCUAGCAAGUCUUGGAAGGGGCAAGAACUGCGUGAAGUUAGUCGGAAUUCUCACAUACAUGACUAUGAUCUCUAUCAUAGCCUUCAUGGACUACAUGCUCUCCAAGACCAUGCCACAGGACAUGCUCUAUAAAGUGCUCUUCGGGUUGCAUUUCACUAUCAUGGCCUACUGUAUUACUCAAGUUUGGAGAGUGUUUGUUAAGGAAACAACAUGGCAGCUCCCAAGUUUACCAAAAUUUCAGGACAUGGUCAACAAAAUGAAGACAUGGUGUAGGUGGCCAAGUGGACCUCAAGAGAAUAACCACCAAGGGGAGAAUUCUUUGAGUGAGCCUCUUAUGGGGCAUCAAAUGGUGUGAGGUCCAGUCUGAACUCAUCUUCGCAUGCUUUUCCCAUCUCCUGAAAAUAAAAUUGUAGACAUUGAUAUGAAAGAAAAGUGAGGUAGGCAGCUAUGACAAUUGCAGAAGGUAGACAUGUUUGUAGCAAAGGCCAAAGGGACCUGUAUCUUUCCAUAAUGUCAGAUAUCUUUCCAUUUGUUCCUCAGCCA